AUGUGUAGAACAAAAUUAUAUGGUAUUCUUAAGAACUGUAAAGCAUUUUAUAAAAAAUUUGGAAAUACUCUUUUAUUAGCUUGUUUUAAAGAUCCCGUAAUAACAGAAGAAACAGAAUUAUUCUUAUAUUGGUCUACUACUAAUUUAACAACAUAUUUAAAUAGAGGCAAGAAUUAUUAUAAGAAAUUAGAUAUAUAUGGAAUUAUAGCUAGAGGUUCUAUAAGUGGUAACCCAAUAUUAACAACAUGUAAAACUGGUACAUUUACAUCUGCUUCGAAAAAUAAAUGUGCAAAAGUAGAAAUAGUAGAAGCUAAAACCAAUAAAACAGAACAAAUACAAGAAACACUAAAUAGUUUAAUAUUAAAAGAAUUACCUUAUUUAACAUUAAAAGAUUCUAAAAAAUUAGACGACGA